AUGGAAGGGCAGCACAACCAUCCACAUCAUCUAGGGGACCAGAACAACCCUCUUUGUAAGCUGCCAGGGCAGGAAUACCAGCAUGAUCCUCAGAGACAUUUAACGUCAUAUCCAUAUCGCUGCACACUGGCGGAUUUUCAGAUAGAGAAAAAGAUUGGACGAGGGCAAUUCAGCGAAGUUUACAAAGCUACUUGUCUUCUGGACAGAAAACCUGUGGCAUUAAAGAAGGUUCAGAUUUUUGAAAUGAUGGAUGCCAAGGCUAGGCAAGAUUGCAUUAAAGAAAUUGACCUCUUGAAGCAACUGAACCACCCCAAUAUAAUUAAGUACUUGGAUUCUUUUAUUGAAGACAAUGAGCUUAACAUUGUUCUGGAACUGGCUGAUGCUGGUGACCUCUCUCAGAUGAUUAAGUAUUUUAAAAAGCAGAAACGGUUAAUCCCGGAAAGGACGGUGUGGAAAUAUUUUGUGCAGUUAUGCAGUGCAGUUGAACACAUGCACUCCCGCAGGGUGAUGCACAGAGACAUAAAACCAGCCAACGUGUUUAUAACAGCCACAGGGGUGGUGAAGCUGGGAGAUCUUGGAUUAGGCCGUUUUUUUAGUUCUAAAACCACUGCAGCACAUUCCUUAGUGGGAACUCCAUACUAUAUGUCCCCAGAAAGAAUACAUGAAAACGGCUAUAACUUUAAAUCUGAUAUCUGGUCUUUGGGCUGUUUAUUGUACGAGAUGGCAGCUCUUCAGAGUCCUUUCUAUGGAGAUAAAAUGAACCUGUUUUCCCUCUGCCAAAAAAUAGAGCAAUGUGACUACCCACCUCUUCCAGCAGAACAUUAUUCUGAAAAGCUGCGGGAGCUGGUCAGCAUGUGCAUAUACCCGGAUCCAGAUCAAAGACCUGACAUUGGUUACGUGCACCAAAUAGCAAAACAAAUGCAUGUUUGGACCUCCAGCACAUGAAGCGUCUGCACGCGCUCGAGAAGCCAGCACAGCUCAGUCUUACUUGA